AUAUCCGCAGCUCCACAAGGUCAAUGGAACCUCCUCCUUAAAAGCAUUGGAAUUUCAGCAAUGCACAUGCAACUACUCAACAACGAUCGAGUUAUCAUCUUCGAUCGCACCGACUUCGGCCGUUCCAAUCUCUCCUUACCUAAUGGCAAAUGCCGUAAUGACCCCAAUGACCAAGCCCUCAAGCAUGACUGCACCGCUCACUCUGCUGAGUACAACGUACUCACUAAUUCCAUACGUCCCCUUAUGAUCCAAACCGAUACUUGGUGCUCUUCCGGUGCCGUCUCCGCCGACGGCAACCUCAUUCAGACUGGCGGAUCCAACGACGGCGAACGUGUCGUCAGAAUUUUCCAACCUUGCUCCACUUGUGACUGGCAAGAGAUUUCUAAUGGACUCAGUGCUAGACGUUGGUACGCCACCAAUCAUAUUCUACCGGAUGGACGGAUCAUAGUGAUUGGUGGUCGCCAGCAAUUCAAUUACGAGUUCUACCCCAAAUCUACUGCUACUUCCACUAAUAAUCAGCUCUUCUCCUUACCAUUUCUAUCACAAACCAAUGACAUUUACGAAGACAAUCUCUACCCUUUUGUUUACCACAAUGUGGAUGGCAACUUAUUCAUCUUCGCCAACAACCAAUCAAUCUUGUUCAACUACACAACUAAUUCCGUUGUGAAAACCUUCCCACAAAUACCAGAUGGGAAUGCUCGGAAUUACCCAAGCACGGGCUCUUCAGUUCUGCUUCCACUAAACCUUAACAACUUAUUAAUGGAAGCUGAGGUUCUCAUCUGUGGUGGAGCUCCACGUGGGUCAAUCCAGCAAGCCAAUUCUGGGAAGUUCAUCGGAGCACUUAAGACAUGUGGAAGGAUCCGAAUUACUGACCCGAAUCCGACAUGGACCAUGGAGACAAUGCCCUUAGCUAGAGUGAUGGGUGACAUGACUUUACUCCCUAACGGCCAAGUCUUGAUCAUCAACGGUGCUGCAAGGGGGGUUGCCGGUUGGGAAAUGGGUAGGGAUCCGGUUUUCUACCCGGUGUUGUACCUACCCAAUAACCCAGCCGACUCGUCUCGGUUCCAAGUACUAAACCCAUCUUCCAUUCCACGUAUGUACCAUUCCACUGCAAUCUUACUACGUGAUGGUAGAGUUCUAGUGGGAGGAAGUAAUCCUCAUCAGUAUUACAAAUUCACCGGCGUUCUUUAUCCGACGGAAUUAAGCUUAGAGGCAUUCUCACCUCCUUAUUUGGAUUCGGAAUAUUCCGGAAUACGACCGGCGAUCACCGCUCCGGUGUCGUAUACUAAGCUAAAGUAUGGGCAAAGAUUGGCAAUACAUUUCUCGGUGUCGAAUACUACGGUGGAUAAGAAGAAGGUACAGGUGACCAUGGUGUCUCCAACUUUCACCACACACUCCUUCUCCAUGAACCAGAGGGUAUUGAUACUGAAUACCAGGCGUCUACAGGUUGUGACGAAAUCGUCGUAUGCCAUUGCCGUGAAGACUCCAAAUUCAGCUUUCCUAGCACCUGCUGGGUAUUAUCUUCUAUACGUGGUUCAUCAAAAUGUACCAAGUGAGGGGGUUUGGGUUCAUAUCCAAGGAUAG